UUGGCAGCGCUAGUUAGGUAGAGAGUCCUGGAUCUGGCCAGCCUACUGGUUCUUCAUCGAAAAUUGAGCGCUCGUACUCCGCCAACAUCGCCGGUCUCGGUCCUGCCGUCCUCGGCGGCCACCAGGAUGAUGCCGCCCACUGGCCACCAAGAAAUGGGUGCUGCUGCACGGCUCCUCUGCUCCCCAGUCAUAUUGCAACGUCCCAUGACCACUGCUUCCUCUCCGUCGAGGCCACCCGGCUUCGCAGGUGCUCCCUCGCAUUUGGACCUGCUGAACCCGCUCUUCGCUACCACUGGAGAGAGUGUCUUGGGCACCCCUCCCAUGUCCUCGCCGCCGGGACGCCCGGCCCGUCGUCGCAAGACCCUGGCAGGCAUGGCCAUCAACAAGGCCAGGGCCUGCACCUUCUCCCUCAGGCGGGCCAGUACCCGCGUCAAGGCCCGCCGUCAUGCCGCGCCUGUCGCACAGAAGGCUGAGGCGCUGCUCUGCAGGACUAUGGGCAUUGUGAAGGAUGGAGAGCUCGUCACGGCGCAGGUCCUCGAGGAGUUUGCAUGUCGCUUCCGCGGCCAGAUUCCGGACAUGGCGCUGGCGGCCUUCCGCGCCUUGUUCAAGCUGGACGACGGUGCCGUGCUGGCUGCUGAUGAAGCUUUGGUGGCACAAGGUGGUGUGGCUGCUUUGGAUGUGCUGGCGCCUGAAGCCGAGGCCAGCGCCUGAUGGCCCUGUUAUCCCUCUUAGAGUUAUCUGCUGUUACCAUGUUAAGCACUUUUCAUUUCAAACUUUCCUGUGUCGAUCUGUGUUGGCACAGGUUGCUAUCCUUAGUUGUGUGUCCGAUCAAGAACCUGUUCUCUAGCUUAAUCAUCUUGCUAGUUCACUUUCA